AUGGACGACGGGGAGCCGACGCCGACACACAUCAUUGACUUCAAGCUUCCCUUGCACAGUGAAGAUCAUUACCUUGAGGGCCAACAUGUGGAUAGUCCAGCCACCACCUUGUGGAACUACUGUGUGCUGCUGAAGGUGUAUCCUCGAGGCUUUGGCUUCACAUCCCAGGGGCCAGGCGUUGCUACCAAGCUGGUAUUCGUGCCGAUCUACACAGAUUCCGAGGACACACUUAACAGCGCCUUGUCCGGGAAGACAGAUGAGCUCACGAUCGGAGAUGUGCGAUUCUGCUUGACAGUUAGAUAUGCCGGUCAAGCCGAAACUCGAAAAGGUAGCCCACACCGCCUUCGAUGUGGCAAGUGCAACGAGUGCUUCACUCUCAAGCAUGCAGUUUGCAAGUCCGAAGCUUUGCUGGUACCGCCGAAAUAUGUGCCUGGCGAGUACUUGCACUGUUUAGUGGAGCUGUGGUUCGACCCCAAGAACUUGGGAUACGAGCCCAGCAAGCGUCGCCGCCUCGACUAUGGGAAAGACCUGUGGCGAGACAUGAAGUUCACGGACAUGACGAUGCGAGCUGGAGACGAGGGAGAAGACCUCCCUUGCCAUCGCGCCGUGCUGGCCAGGAGUUCGGAGGUCUUCGACCGCAUGCUCAGCUCUCAGAUGAAGGAGGGUUCGGAGCAUCGCAUCGUCAUCCGCAACGCGGCUUCAGGAACUCUGAACAAGUUGCUAGAGCACAUCUACACCGGGGAAGCCCCAGAGAGCAAUUCCGUCCAGGAGCUGGGGGAACUGAUCUGCCUCGGCAACCAGUAUGGGCUUGCUCAGCUUGCUGAGUCCUGUGCGGCGAGCUUGUCGAAGAUGAUGUGUCCGACGAACGUGGUCGCAGUGCUUCGUGAGCUUCGAAAGCACCGUGUCAUUUCCCUCAUCCACACGAUCCUGGAGGAAGCCAAAGUGAAGGUUGGCCAAGAUCCAGAGCUCGUGGCAGCGCUAGUGCUGCUUGGCAUCUUUGGGGCGAAUUCAGAGGUCCUUGCUGGAUAUCUCAGCCGCGAGGGUCUCACCUACAAGCUGCUAAACGCCAAGCCAGAGAAUGCAGCCAGAGAGGCUGAAAUCGUGGCUGCUGGUGGUCUUCCUGGUGCGAUCACCAUCGCAACCAACAUGGCAGGCCGGGGAACGGACAUAGUGCUCGGUGGAGAUGGGAAGGCGAUGGCGAAGUUGUACCUCAAGGAGGCUCUGCGGAACGUUUCUUCCACGGCACCUGGACAGAAAAAUAGCUGGUGGUGGCACAGCACCAGAAUCACGGGGUUUAGGGCUAGUCGCGGCUAG